UUUUCUCCACACGGUGGGGGAAGACCGGGAUUCCAGUCUCUAAGUAGCCGUUGGUCGGUGGUCGCCGUCUGCCCCUUGCGUUACCGCACGCCGCGCAUCCCCGGCCUUCUGCCCGCCUCGGCGGGGCCGCGGGGCCGCCAUGGUUCUGCUGCACGUGAAGCGGGGCGAUGAGAGCCAGUUCCUGCUGCAGGCGCCGGGGAGCACGGAGCUGGAGGAGCUCACGGUGCAGGUGACCCGGGUCUACAACGCGCGCCUCAAGGUGCAGCGCAUCUGCUCAGAAAUGGAAGAAUUAGCAGAACAUGGCAUAUUUCUCCCUCCUAAUAUGCAAGGACUGACUGAUGACCAGAUUGAAGAACUGAAAUUAAGAGAUGAAUGGGGUGAAAAGUGUGUACCCAGUGGGGGUGCAGUAUUUAAAAAGGAUGACAUUGGACGAAGGAAUGGGCAAGCUCCAAAUGAAAAAAUGAAGCAAGUUUUAAAGAAGACAAUAGAAGAAGCCAAAGCAGUAAUAUCUAAGAAACAAGUGGAGGCCAGCAUCUGUGUUACCAUGGAGAUGGUGAAAGAUGCUCUGGACCAGCUUCGAGGCGCAGUGAUGAUUGUUUAUCCCAUGGGGUUGCCGCCCUAUGAUCCCAUCCGGAUGGAAUUUGAAAAUAAAGAAGACUUGUCGGGAACUCAGGCAGGACUCAAUGUCAUUAAAGAAUCAGAGGCAAAACUGUGGUGGGCAGCCAAGGAGUUAAGAAGAACAAAGAAGCUUUCAGACUAUGUAGGCAAAAAUGAGAAAACCAAAAUUAUCGUCAAGAUUCAGCAAAGAGGACAAGGCGCUCCAGCCCGAGAACCCAUUAUUAGCAGUGAGGAGCAGAAGCAGCUGAUGCUGUAUUACCACAGAAGACAGGAGGAGCUCAAGAAAUUGGAAGAAAAUGACGAUGACUCCUGUUUAAAUUCUCCAUGGGCAGAUAACACGGCUUUGAAAAGACAUUUCCAUGGCGUCAAGGACAUAAAGUGGAGGCCAAGAUGAAGUUCCUCAAACUUACCAGCUUCCUGUCCUGCAGGCAGCAUGGUGAGAGGGUACCGCCUGUGAGAGGUGCGAAAAUUCCUAGUUUUAGUGUUUCUCUCAGCUUGAAUGUUUAAGAGUUUGUCACGGUUUUAGAACUUAAUAAAUAUAUACUCAAAAUAA